CCCACAACCACCCUUCAACCACCCCAUCCCCAUCCCAAACAGCGAACAGUACCAGGUCUGAACUCUACCAGCCCCAAGUCGCGUUGGGCAAAACAUCCAACUCGAAUAACCGUUCUUGUCUUUACUGCUCUCUUGCGACCUGAAAUCACCAACUAUCAACCUCAACACAGUCUAUUUUACGGCCAAAGGAGCAGCAAAGCUUUCUCGUCUUGCAACACUCAUAAACCUAAAAGUCAAACUAUUAUAAAAUGGCCGGUGCCGUCCCUCAAUUCAUGGUUGACGAAUACGUCCUCGCCUACCAUGGACCUUUACUCUAUGAAGCUCGAGUUCUCCUCGCGGAAUCAUGGGACGAGUCCAAUACUCUUUCGGGUCAAGUGGGGCCGCACUACUUUAUCCAUUACAAAGGCUGGAAGCAAACUUGGGAUGAAUGGGUGCCCGAAUCACGACUUCUCAAGCUCAAUGAGGCUGGCUUUGCCAAGCGCCGCGCUCUUCUCGAGGCGCAAGCCAAGAAGGGAAGAUCGAGCAUCUCGUCUGCGGCAGGCACAGCGGGAGGUGGGGGGAGCGGAACAGCGUCACCUGGCAUUGGAGCGGCAGGACGAAAACCGUUGAAGGACUUUAAAAAGGAUGGGAAAAAGAGAGGGAGGGAUGCUCUGGAUAGCGAGACCGAUUUCAUGAAAAGACCAGAAGUCAAGAUCGUCAUCCCGGAUAUUCUCAAGCUUGUUCUUGUCGACGACUGGGAGAAUGUGACCAAGAACAAUCAACUGGUAGCUUUACCCAGGAAGCCAAACGUGAGAGAAUUAUUGGAGGAAUAUCGGCAAUACGCGUCAGCCAGCAAAAAGCAAGAACGGUCUGCCCGAGCUACUGCUCUACUCUCUGAAAUCAUAUCUGGCAUCACGCUGUACUUUGACAGAGCCUUGGGCAACAACCUCCUAUACCGAUUUGAGCGAGCGCAGUACGUGGAGCAGAAGCGGCAGAAUCCUGAGAAGCCUAUGAGUGAGAUUUAUGGAGCAGAGCAUUUGCUGAGGCUGUUUGUCAAUUUCGGUCCUUUCAUCGCGUAUACCAACAUUGAUACAGAGUCACUCAACAUCCUUCGUGAUUACAUUAACGACAUCAUGGAGUUCGUCGUUGCCUGCUGUUCGUCGUGCGCCAGCUGAUCUCUUUCGUAGCUGGAUGAUCAAGGACCAGAAGAGGCUCUUCAUGAAGGAGUACGAGGAAACUACCACCCAUUAUCAAAAUCUUUCAAGAUCAUGAUACGUGUGUGACAUUAUCUCAUUGGUCUCAGGAGUGUGGUGUAUAAAGGUAUCGAGGACAUGGCGAAGGUCCUCGGAACACGUUCGUUCUUUCACUUUUUUCCAGUGUUCAUAUUUCCCCAGAUUGAGCUUUCGGUUGUCUAUGGGACUUGUUCCAGUAUGAGUACCAUGCAAGUAAGGUA